CUGUGGGCGAUUUAUGGAGCACACAAGGAAAGGAGAGGAUGAGUUCCUCUUACGCUCCAGUGCUGGAGCUGCCUGGCUCUGGCUGCAGGGCUUUAGGACCCAGGCGUUGCUGAGUGGAGGAGGCUGAAUCCCCUCCCGCUGUCAUCCUCCUGCCUCUGCAGCUUUAUUCCUACAGCCUUCAAUGGUGACGGACUCCCUCCCACCCGGGCUGGCAGCCAGAGCCACAAGGCCUCGCUAGGAGCGGAUCCCCGCGGCUCUAUGGCAUCUCCCAGGACCAUCACCAUCGUCGCCCUCUCGGUGGCCCUGGGGCUCUUCUUCGUCUUUAUGGGGACCAUCAAACUGACGCCCCGGCUCAGCAGGGAUGCCUACAAUGAGAUGAAACGAGCCUACAAAAGCUACGUGCGGGCCCUGCCCAUGCUGAAGAAGAUGGGAGUCAGCUCCAUCCUCCUCCGCAAGAGCAUCGGCGCGCUGGAAGUGGCGUGUGGCAUUGUCAUGACACUGGUGCCCGGCCGCCCCAAGGACGUGGCCAACUUCCUGCUGCUCCUCCUCGUGCUGGCUGUGCUCUUUUUCCACCAGCUGGUGGGGGACCCCCUGAAGCGUUAUGCCCACGCCCUGGUCUUUGGGAUCCUGCUCACCUGCCGCCUGCUGAUCGCCCGCCAGCCCGAGGAGCUGCCGCCAGAGAAGAGGAUGCUGUCGGUGAACGGGGAUGAGCAGCCACUCAUCCACGAAGCAGCUCCUGAGAAAGGCAAAAUGAAGGUAUCCUAGUUGAGUGCAUGUGAGGAAACACGGACCCUCGAGGCAGCACUCUCCAAAAUCACCCAGAAAAUUUGUUUUUUAUUUACCUACUUACAUUUUUUUUUUUUUUUUUUGGUCUGUCUAAAUAAAGUUGCACUUGGGGUCUGAGAGAUACAAGGUAUGUCUACACUGUAGUCUUGCUUUUGCUGCUGCCCUGUAAUGUAGAAAAACACAAGCUAGCUUCCACAGGGACAGCUUGGAGGCAGUCGGCAACCCAGCUGGAGCAGUGCUGGCCUCAGCAGGAGCUGCAAAACCAGCCUGAGACCCUGGGCAGAGACCUGGGUGGGCACUCGGGCCACCCUGGCACUGCUGCAGUGGGAGAUCGGUCCUGAGCACCAGCCCUCAGCCCCACGGCAGCAGAGCUGGCCUGGGUGGGCUGCUGCUGCCCAGGACAGUGGCUGGGCAGGACAUGACACACAUCUGCAUUUCCCUUUCCAUGGUCAAGGGGUAAAAGGGACCCUGUUACCAAAAAAUUGCUGGUUUUGUGUGUUGGAGAGAGGGAUUCCUUGGGCUUUGCUGCCUCGGUGCCAGUCCUUUCUAUGGAAUGGUUAUCCAGAGAAAAUAUGGGGUGCUCUGUUUACAUCUUUGAUUUCUGUGCAGAGACUCCAAAACUGGGACAAUGGCCUGAUAACAGUAGUUUUUUGCCUGCUUCACAUGAGGCAGUGGCAUCUCUUUACCCUUCUUAGCAGUGAGUAAGGGUGCCUGGAGAGGGGAUGGGGAGCAGGACUGCCCAAAGAACUCCAAAAUAUCUCUCUGAUGUUGGCAAGUAGCACUGUGCCCCCAAGUUCUCUGCAAGCUCCUUUUUUUUCCCCCUCACAGCUACUGUGACUUUAUAGAAUUGUUGUUUAUUUCUGGUAGACGAGGGUCUGAACAAUUGCAGGUACCUCACUGCUCAUCCCACAUACAGCCCCAGUGAGCUGGGAUAAGUCCUGUUACCAGAGCCUGAAUCCCUGUGUUGUAUCUGAAAUCUUAGAGUGUCAUAAGGAGCAUGUGUUACCUCUGAAAUUUGUCUGGUUUUCUUAAUGUUUGUCUGUUUUCAGUUCUUACUUUUUUUCCUUUUUUUUUUAUUUUUAAAUUUUUUUUUUUAAAUUUUAAUUAGUCACAAAAAUAAACUUUUUGAAAUUUGGAG